CCGUCCAUCUGUCCCCUGGCCUGGUCCUCGGAAGCGCUGGGUCUGCGGCGGCCGGGCGGGCGGUGGGUGAGCAGCCUGGGGGGGGCAGGAGGCUGCGGCCUGGGCUCCGAGUCGGGCUCAAGGGUCACGAGUGGGCGGGAGGCCGUCAGGGAGCCGGAGGUGGUCCGGCCGGCAGCGGCGAAGAGAGGAGGCCACCUGCGGCCAUUGCCCUGCUGACAGGCGGCCACUCGGGCUGGACGGGCUGCUUCUGGGAGGAAGAAACAUGGAGAGUGGUGCAGUUCUGCUAGAAUCCAAGUCCUCACCACUGAACCUUCUGCACGAGAUGCACCAGCUCCGCCUGCUGGGUCAUCUGUGCGACGUGACGGUCAGCGUGGAGUACCAGGGUGUCCGUGAGGAGUUCAUGGCCCACAAGGCAGUGCUGGCGGCCACCAGCAAGUUUUUUAAGGAAGUUUUCCUUAACGAGAAGGCCGCAGCUGGCGCCAGGACUAACGUCUACUUAGAUGAAGUGCAGGUCGCCGAUUUUGCUUCCUUUCUUGAGUUUGUCUAUACUGCAAAGGUACAGGUGGAAGAAGAUCGCGUGCAGCGAAUGCUGGAGAUGGCUGAGAAGCUGAAAUGUUUGGACUUAUCUGAAACCUGUUUUCAGUUAAAGAAACAGAUGUUAGAGUCAGUACUUCUGGAGUUGCAGAAUUUCUCCGAGUCUCAGGAGGUUGAGGAGGGUGGUGGCUCCCAGGUUGCUGCUGCUGCUGUUGACCCCAACACUCGGGGGGCAGGUGUGGCUGGGGACCGACCUCUGGCCAGCAGCCUCCCGGGCUCCUCAGAUCCCCAGGCAGAGAGAAUCAGCAACGGCUUAUUGCCAGCUCUGCCCCCAAGGAAGUCCAGGGAGAAGCCAGACAAGAGAAAAGAGGUUGUGAAGCCCCCCUACCCCAAGAUCAGAAGGGCUAGCGGGAGGCUGGCUGGGAGGAAGGUGUUUGUCGAAAUCCCUAAAAAGAAGUACACACGCAGACUCCGGGAGCAGCAGGGCAGUGCAGCGAGCGAUGCAGGGGACUGCGGGGCACCCCAAGAGCCCAGCCCGGAUGCUGUGGGAACAGAGGGGGAGCCAAGGACAAAAGAGGAGGCCCGAGAUGCCAGUGCCAGGGAGGCAGAGGCUGCGCUGCCUGAAGCGAGGCCGGGGGAGGGGGAGGAGGACGAGGGGGCUGCAGCGGAGGAAGGGACGGCAGGGACCAGGCGGAGUGACUUCCCAUGCACCAGCUGCGGGAAGGCCUUUCUGUACGAGAAGAGCUUCCUGAAGCACAUCAGGCACCACCAUGGUGUGGCCACCGAGGUGGUUCACCGCUGCGACACCUGCGGCCAGACCUUCGCCAACCGCUGCAACCUGAGGGGCCACCAGCGCCACGUGCACAGCAGCGAGCGCCGCUUCCCGUGCGAGCUGUGUGGCAAGAAGUUCAAGAGGAAGAAGGACGUGAAGCGACACGUGGUGCAGGUACACGAGGGCGGCGGAGAGCGGCACCAGUGCCAGCAGUGCGGCAAGGGCCUGAGCUCCAAGACGGCGCUGCGGUUGCACGAGCGCACGCACACCGGCCACAGGCCCUACGGCUGCCCCGAGUGCCAGGCCGCCUUCUCGCAGCCCUCGGCGCUCAAGACACACCUGAGAAUUCACACAGGGGAGAAGCCUUUUGUCUGUGAUGAAUGUGGCGCAAGAUUCACUCAGAACCACAUGCUGAUUUACCAUAAAAGGUGUCACACAGGUGAACGGCCUUUCAUGUGUGAAACAUGUGGCAAGAGUUUCGCUUCUAAGGAGUAUCUGAAGCAUCACAACAGAAUCCAUACUGGAUCCAAACCCUUUAAAUGUGAAGUUUGUUUCAGGACUUUUGCUCAGCGGAAUUCACUUUACCAGCAUAUCAAAGUCCACACAGGGGAGCGUCCCUACUGCUGCGACCAGUGCGGCAAGCAGUUCACACAGCUCAAUGCGCUGCAGCGCCACCACCGGAUCCACACGGGGGAGAAGCCCUUCAUGUGCAACGCGUGCGGGCGGACAUUCACCGACAAGUCCACCCUCCGGAGACAUACCUCGAUCCACGACAAGACCACCCCGUGGAAGUCCUUCCUCGUCAUUGUGGAUGGCUCACCCAAAAAUGACGACGGGCACAAGACUGAACAGCCUGAUGAAGAGUACGCAACAGCCAAACUCUCUGAUAAACUGCUGUCUUUCGCAGAAAAUGGCCAUUUUCACAACCUGGCCACAGUCCAGGGCAGUGUGCCCCCCGUGCAGGAGGACAGGCUUGCAGACCCAGCCUGCAAGUCUGACGGCCCUGUGGUGUCCCAGGACACGCUGCUGGCCACCGCCAUCAGCGAGCUCAGCGAGCUGACACCCCAGGCCGACCCAGGGCCCGAGCAGCUCCACUCUCUGACCAGCAUGGAGUAGAGCUGGGCGCCUGUGAGUAUCAGCUGGACGCCAGGAGCCGAGAGAGAGAAUUGGGCCAGAAUGGCUUCCGUGGAUUUUCCUCAAUUUCCAUGCCUUGCACGUCGUCUUCAUCAAACCAUCUCCCAAGCUUCCCUGCCGUCUUGAUCUGCAUGAUCUCAGCCACUUAAUCACCGAACCAGGCAGUUACGCAACCUCACUCAGUCUGGUGUCAUCACUGUCAUCUCCAUGUCCAACUCACGCUUGCCGGUGCCUGGCUCGACUGUCUCAGGGCCUUUAGCUUCCAUCUGCGUUUGUCCCCCCGAUACUUCCAAGCUAUUUUUCCACCAACCUGAAAUAAAACUGGGACCAUUUAUGUGUUCUCAGCUGUUUGCUUCCUAUCUGAAGCAAGUCAGAUCUGCUCUGGGGACCCUGGAGUGGGGCUGAGACAGUGCCCAGCCAUCCCUCAAGCCCUGGCUGUGGGACUAAACUGAGCGCCGUACUCCACAUCCAUGUGGCUCGGCUAGCAAGAUGGUCGGGAGAUGACUUCCAAGAUGAAACGUGGCUAUUGGGUUUCACUCCUAAAAAGCUGUCCUACCAAAGACUAGCAGAAAAAUAGUAGUUUUUGCAUAGAGGUGUAAAAAAUUAAGGGGCUUUGAGAACACCUCAGUGUAGCUGUUUUAUCACAAGUAGCAAUGAGGUGGUUGUGGCAAAUCUAAACAGAAUAUUGGUAUUUUUGUUAGGUUUUUCUGAGUCAAUUUCUGUAAUUUUCAGAAAUCCAGAAUUUCUGACACCUCAGGAAUCUGACGCAGACAAGUCACUGGUGCACGCCUGUGGGGGACCCCCCAACCUGGGCGUUUGUGUGGACUUGACAGAAGGGACCAAAAGCCUUGGCACAUACAUGUCUUUGGUUCGCCUUAAGAGUGGGCUGUGGAACCGCUAACCUUGUCUUAAGUGCUCUUGGCUGCCUCCUGGCGGCCUUUUUCGCAAAGGGCACGUGCAGCAGAAGGUAAUCCCGCCGUCCUCACCCAGCCUGGGUCCAGGUCUGGCCGUGAGGGCAGGCCACCGCCGUGUGCAGGAUGCUUUGCCUCACAUGGGACCCCAGUAAACAUGUUCACUUAAAAAAGAGGAUUUUUUUGGUCACUAGUUGCUUUUUUACUUAAUGUUUUAAUUUAUUAAACUUGCUGUGAAAACACUUUCCCUAAGGAAAAGGUACUUGAUGCACAAAGUCCAGGAUGAAGACAGCUGCGUGAGAGGCCAGAAACCACCGAGGACGCAGUCUUGCCGGUGACACUCUGAGUGUGCAGGGACGGCCUCAGGGUGUGGGCGUCGACCCCAAGGCUCCACCUGCGCCCAAGGCAGUGCUGCUGACUCCUCACCUCUAGUCAUGACAGCACCUCCUACUGUGUUUACAGAACACGCAUGUCACUUGCCAGGAUGAAUGAACUGUUUCACAGAGUAAAGUCAUCUUAAUGAGAAAGAAUUUAAAUAAUAGGUUAUUUUGUUACCUGUUGGAAGAAUUUGUCUUGAAUUUUUCUUUGAAACUACAGAAAAUUGUUUAAUGCGCUAAUAAAUGUUUGUUUUAUAAAAAGUG